UAAUAACCUCUUUCGCAGCACUCGUGGCUGGUGGCGCCAAAGGCCCCUUUCUGGUCGUUGCGCCGUUGUCUGUUUUACACAGCUGGGCAGAGCAGAUGGAUAUAUUUGCCCCCGGUCUACCGCGCCUAAUUUAUUAUGGAACUAAUGAAGAGAGGGUAGCUUUGCGUGAGCAAAUAACCCGUACGCAAUGCUUUACUGUAACAGAAUCUACAGAGCAAAGCCACCAAGAUGAGGAGGAAGAAGAGAGCCACACUGAGAGAAAACCAGAAAGUACGGUGUGUUCGUUGACGGGACAAAAACCGGACCGUUAUCCCCAUCUGCAUUCACUCAUUACUGAGGUCCUGGCGAAGCCCUCACCUCACAAUGUCCCAUUUUUGAAGCAAACACAUGCGCAAGUGCCCGUACCACCACCCUCAAUGCAGCAUCCUCAGUUCACUGGCAAGCCUAUAGUAGUAACAACAGGAGGAAAUGAUUCAAGAACCAAUUCCUCAACAAGCUUAAAUGUCAACUGGCGGGCUGGAAUGCUCUCGAUUGUGAGUUUUCUGUCAACUAAUCAACCACCAAGUCCUGCACCUAAACUGACCCACUUGAACGAGAUUCUGGACUCUGUCAUUUCCGAGUCCCAUUUUAAUAUUAAGAAGGAUUACAGACGAUUUAUUGCAAAGGCUGACCGGGCGGACGUAUACUUUCAAGCCAUUCACUCAAGUCAGCCUCCAACAGCAUCAACCCUAGAAAGCGCCGCCGCCCCCCAUAGGAAAAGGCAAAGGAAAGACCGUCUGCCAGCCAAGCCUUCUGAAGAAUGUGUGUUGAGGGCAUCCAAAGAUGCCAACGACAUCCUGACAGGAAAGCCCUUUGAAGAAAGAGGCUCAGAUGAAACCUCAGCGUUGCCCUCGGCAGGCUCCAUCGCGAAAACGAUAUCAUUAGGACCGUUAGAGUCGCGCCGGCUUGAGAAGGUUUCUAGUGAGGUGGCUUGGGGACAUUUAGAGGACGUCAUAAGCGGAGUUCUUUCAAAGACAGAUGAUGACAUGAGCGAGCGCGAAGCAGGUGUUCUUGAACAGGAAGUAGAUAUGUUAAACAGCUUGAGUGAGGGCUGUGGUACUACUGUGGGUGCGUGCCCUGCAGAAGAGGGAGAACCACAGGGUGCUGCAAUUGUCGCGGGGUCGGUCGGUUCAACCUCAGAAGCGGAUUUGAAACCUGCAUAUGCACCACUUGAUGCCUGUCGGGACAAAGAACAGGAAGACAAAUCGCCCGCUGAGCAAGUGCCUUCCAUUGUGCAGUGCGAACCACCACUAGCGGCUAAACCUGCGGUCUUGUCGUAUCAUGUCUGCGAAGGAGGCCUACGAGGCAAGGACGCGCUCAUCUUUUCUCCACCACCAGCCGGCGAAAGUGAGGUCAGUUCGCUGCUCCCCACGACGCAGCCUUCUUUGUCUUCAUUUCAGGACAAAUCAGUAGACUCAACUACAGCAAGGCAGUCGCCCAGAGCACAGCAAACUUCUCUUCUCACGAAAUGUGUGCUACCAACGCUGGAACAGAAAGUUGAAGACCCCUCUUUUCUCCCAGAUAGUGUCAAAGAUGGCAAAGAAAAUGCCGGGAAAACGGGGGGGUUCGAGUGUUCUCCUGGAGAGGCAGCAAAUAACCCUGAGCCUUCCGAGAAAAACAAAUUAAGAGGAUGCUUAUCCAGCCCCAAGAACCUCAACAUUUUGCCUGCAGGGGAACAGUCUUUAUCCGCGUGGGAAGAGCUGAAAAACUCUUCGAGGGAAAAACCUCCAAAGUUCUCUUUUGGUAGCUCACCUCAUCUACAGUUAUUUGCCUCAUGUCAAUCCAAUUAUUCUUCUGAGGGCGAAAUCGUCGACGAAUGUGCCAUCGGUAUGAAUUUGGAGCGGCUCAAGUGUGAAGAAAACACUUCUGUUCCGAAUGAAUCCGACCUCUCUCGCAAAUGCAAGGAGUUGUCCGCUGCGGAUGAAUCUGCUGUCACUACUGACGAUUCUGGCAUUGACAUCCAUCAAGCACUCAAUCAAGGCAAGAGCGAAUCUGCUUCAGACAAAAGCGUUUUGGGAGUCCAGCGGGAGUCUUUGUCGUCUUUGUCAUCCCCCCAACGCGAAAGUUCUCUUUUGAAAUGCCCAGUUAAUACAUCUGAUUCGGAGAGUAGUAAAAGGCCACAGACUGCGGAGUCUGGCUGUUUUCCUGUUGUUCUUACAACGUACGAAGUUGCGAUUCGUGACGCCAGCUUCCUGGAAAGGAUAAAUUUCAAGGCCUUGGUCGUUGACGAAGCCCAGAGAAUUAAACGUGCGAGUUCGAAACUCUUCCAGUGUUUAAAGGAAUUUGAUGCUGAUAUCCGAUUGGUUGUUACAGGAACUCCACUGCAGAACAAUAUCAGUGAGCUGUGGUCUCUACUGCAUUUUGUACUUCCUGAAAUAUUUUCUCUCGGAACUGAUUUUUCAGUGUGGUUUGAUCCCCUCGGACUAGUUGAACAGGUGGGACGCGAUCGCCUCGCUGCCCAGGAGGCUGAACACGCCCUUGUCACAAAUUUGCGCAAAGUUAUUCGACCUUUCAUGCUGCGUCGAACGAAGAGCGAGGCUAAUGUCUUCUUGCCGCCAAAGCGCGAGGUUGUUCUUCGAGUGGCCAUGGCACCGCUCCAAAAGACCUUAUAUGCAUUUGUCACGGAUACACUUCGAAAGGAGGGUGUCCUUUUUGUCCCUAAGAAACAACCCGGUGGAAGUAUCACAAAGUUGGACGAGAGGAACAUACUGCCUCAGCGCCGAAGAAGCGUACCUCGUAUUGUCACCAACGAAAACAUUGCAGUCUCAAGCAGUGACGAGAAGCCAAAAAUCGAGGCAGAAGGCAAAAGCCAAUGCAAGCGACGUAAUUCCGAUUUUGAAAAUUUCCCACCAAAAGCAGCAACCAUACCUCCGGGCAAUCCGCACAACUUCGAAUUCCUUCCGGAUGUUAUGCGUUCUAACCGGCUCAUGCUUCUACGGCGAAUUGUCAAUCAUCCGUACUUAGCAAUCGAAGCACCGGACGGUUUCUACCACUCCCCAUCUUAUCGGUGUAGCUCGCAAGAGGAAGAGCAGGAUGAGGUGGUGUCGUCUACUCGACUUGAAAUGCUACUCAGUGCUAGUGGGAAAAUGCGUCUGCUAGAAAAACUGCUACAGGAGUUGCUUGCAGAUGGACACAAAACUUUGAUCUUUUCACAAUUUACCAUGGCUCUGGACAUCAUCGAAGAAUUACUAAAAGUCCGAAAAUGGGAAUGGGUACGUCUGGACGGCGCGAUGCGGUUCGAAACGCGUCAAAUGGCUGUUCAUCGAUUUAACACAACAACUGCUGCCGAGCUUCCCAUCUUUUUGCUUUCCACGCGUGCCGGUGGCCUUGGUCUGAACCUUCAAGCAGCUGCCGAUACUGUUAUAAUUCAUGAUUCCGACUGGAAUCCGCAACUAGAUCUGCAAGCUCAAGAUCGAUGCCAUCGGAUUGGUCAAGAAAAGCCUGUCCUCGUUCUCAGACUGCUAUCUGCCGGCACCAUCGAAGAGGCUAUUUACGCUCGGGCGCUGGCUAAAAGGGGUCUCGAGCGUUUGUUACUGCAUAAGAACACUUCCUCGACGGGUUCCACUGACCUCCUUGAGUGCAAUGGGAGCGUUUCGGAUGAGUCUGAAUUAUCCGCGAUGGCCAGCAGGAUUACUUUCGAGGGUAACCAGGCUUCUGGGAAAGGACACUCCGACAGUGCAUCGUCCGGUCCCAAGGACACCUUUGAUCUGAUGCAGCUACUGGAUCCUCCGGAGCAGGAAACUGAGCCCACGGUCGAUGCGGAGCUAAUUUCGGACGCCGAAUUGAAACGAAUCCUCUCCAGGGACUUUAACGACCAGCAAACUCUUGAGGACAAUAUAGGGGAAAACAAUUCAGAACCCAGGGAAUCACUGUCCUCGAUAACAGACUCGCCUGCGCUCACAACGCAGGACAGGGAUGACAAUAAUUCAGACGAGUCAGCACUCCAACCCAAUGAGGCAAAAAGCCAAGUAUCUGAAAUAAACCGGUACUCU